AUGAAUAUUGGAAAAGAAAGUAACUUCGCGAACACCGUAAAAAACGUCAUCAACCUGUGUCACUCAAAGCCAGGUGAGUAUAUCAAAGUUAGUACCAUGGCCGAAAUUGAAAACUGCGAAAAGAGAAGAUUUUAUGAUUUAUUUAAUGUACUUUGCGCAAUCGGAUUAUGCACGAAAAGUAUGAAUAAAGUUUAUUGUUGGGCUGGAGAAGAGAAUAUGCUCUUCGUAAUCCGUCAAGAAUACGAAAGAGUUGAAAAGUUAGCAAUAAAUCAAGACUUUUGGUCCAUAUUUAAGAUGCCUGAAUCUCCUCCUAUUGGGCAACUUGCUCUAACAACAAUAACUUUGUUCCUCUUUUUUGGAUCAACAGAAUUAGCAUUAAAACAAAUUUGCCUUGUAAUGACCCAAAAGCGCUCGAAAAUGAGCCAACUCCUUAGGAGAUUAUAUCUCUCUGCAUUCUUUUUGGAACAGAUUGGUUUGAUUAUGCAUUCUUAUCAAAUUGGUACAUACAACCUUAUGAUUGACUCAAAAUCAAUUGUUUCGGAAGUUUUCAUGAAUCUAAAAUUCAAAAAUCUUUUCCCAUUUAAUUCUAUUGCUUCCCAAUUACAGAGAAUUGAGCAAUCAUAUAUUGAUGAGGUUAAGUCAUCUAGAUAUGCUCUUUUAUUACAAAAGAUGAGAGCUUCGCAUAUAACUGUUAGUUCUAUCGCGGAGCAAGAACCGAUCCCGAUUGAACCCCUUUCUCCUGUCAGAAUGGUCGAGAUUUACUAA